CAAUGUGGGAUGUUGAACUGUGCCCUCAUCCGGUUGAGUUCGUUCAUCCUUUGUGGCAAGGAUCUUUCCGAAAGCAUGUGAAAUAAACACGCAAUAUUUUUCUCUUACAUUAGACGCCCCGCGAAAUUCAAAUGUAGUGAACAUUUCCUUCGUGCUGAACUUCACAUAAAUAAAAGGUUGAGAGCCAUGAAAAGUACGGAUGAUGCUGCACGGCCGGGCCAUGUUUCUGCUGCUACUCGUGGCUGUUCAUCCUUGCACUGCCUUCAGCAUCCGGCGUGACAAUCCUAUAACUAUAGCGAAAUCCUAUAAUUAUCGUGACACUACCAGGUUCAACUUAACUGCCACCGAAAGCAAUGAACACAAAACGUAUUCAUCAACCAGAAAUUCAACACAGAAAAACAUUAUUUCUUCUGUCUUUACAUCCUCGGAGACGUUAUUUAAACCUGAUAUCAUACAAGAAAAAAGUGUAGGCUUAUCAGAGUGUUGUUUAGAAAAUCGUGAUGAUGUAGUCGUCGAAAUCAACGGUUCCUUGUCAAGAUCUCGGUCAUCUUUUAAAAGCCCGACUGUCAGAAAAUUUAGAUAUUUCAAUGUAUUAAACGCACAAAAUAAUCUAACUUCAAACGUAAGACUAUACAGUUCUUUAUUUAGUGAUCACGGUUCUGGGAAUUUAGUGUUUCACGAAUUCCCUAGAAUGUCAAACAUAUCUAAAUUAUCUAAUUCUAAGACUCGGACGAAAUUCAGGAAGCGCUCCUUGUUCGAUGCUAUAAAUCCUGACGGCUCCUAUAAAGAUGCCAUUAGCGGAAACUAUUUUGAUCUUAAUUUGAAUAAUAGUCAGAGUAUCGAUAAAAUUCUAACUAAUAUACCUGCACCGAGGCAUUAUGUCGGGCAUUAUCUUAAGCUAAGAAAUAAUAAUUAUAAUAUGCCUCCGGAAGCUUUGGGGAAAUUCCAGGGAAAAAAUCCAAAUUUCGUAUCUCGAAAAAAAGUCCCUGGUUCAAGGGCCGGAAUUUCGGAGUUCGAUAGAAACUCUCAAGCACCUAGAACCGAAAUGAAUAAAACUCUUAUAAAUAGGCGUUCAUGUUGCAAUCAUUCUUUAUUUAAUUCAAUUGCGAGUAUGAGACCGAAAGACAACGAAUUACUAACCCAGACUGUCAUCCGGCAACAAAGCGCCUUUUUGAGAUCCGAGAAUUUUUCACAGAAUCUGGAAAACUCCAAUCGCAGUUACGAGACGAGAAAAUAUCGUAUCAAUCAUGGAAUUCCCGAGAAAGAUAAUUCACUGAAGCAAAUUCCAGAAAAGUUUUAUCAUCCCUUCAGCAGUUUAAGCAGAAACGAAAUAAAAUUUAAUAAAACUAAUGCCGUCGAGGUGUUUGUAAACUUAAAAUCAUCUAAAAAUACGACCCAACCUUCGCGAGUGAAAGAGACGCAUGAAGUGCUUGAUUCAAUCGACAAUUUUCACCACACAGCGAAGAGUCAAAAUAUGCUCACCGGGACCGAAAGAUUAAAUAGUAGACCUCUUUCAACAGUCCAAGAAAACAUUGGCAAGUUUUCUAAAUUCGAAGAAAACUUAGGCCCAUUUUCUUCAGUCGAUGAAAAUUUGGGGCGGUUCUUAACUGAGCAAGAAAACAUUGGCCAACGACACUCGUUGUUUGACGAGGUGCUUGCAGAAAUGCAACUUUCUUCCAGCAGUUCAGGUUUGGCUUCACCAUCACCGGAGUUAUCUGGCCCCGAGGACGCAGGGUUGGUCAGAAGUACACCGGACGCGGAGGUCAGCCCAGGAUUGUUCGAAGGAGACAUCGCCUUAGAGUCUGCCGAGGAUGAAGCUGUUCUCAAGGUGAGCGGCAACUGGGACAUCUUUCCUGAUAAGCGCUGGCCCAACGGUGUCGUUCCGUACGCUGUGUCUCCUCAAUACACGCCAGAGGAACGCCUCAUGAUCGACACGGCCAUCAACACGCUGAAUUUUCUGUCUUGUGUUAAACUCGUCCCGUGGGACGGACGGAGUGAGGACUACCUCUUCAUCCUGUCCGUCCCUGACCCCAGCGGUUGCUGGUCGUACGUGGGGCGCAAAGGAGGCCAGCAGAUCGUGGGCCUGCAGCAGGCUGAUGCCAGCCAUCCAGGUCAUAACAUCAUGCCAUACUCUGAAAGCAAUUUCCGGAAGCAGAGCCUACUGCAGACUUCCUACGCCUUUAAAUACGACUACAACUCAGUGAUGCAUUACGGCACGCACUACUUCAGUAAAGAUGGCGUGAGCCCCACAAUUCUGCCCCUGGUUCCUAGCGUGAGCAUCGGGCAGCGUGAGAUGCUCAGCAAGCGUGACUGUCUCAAGCUAAACGCCAUGUACGGGUGUAUAGGUCGCCAUGUGCACACCCAUCACAUGUACACCGCCUUCUGUAACACUCUUGCCUUCUGAGCAAGCGUGACUGUCUCAAGCUAAACGCCAUGUACGGGUGUAUAGGUCCCAUGUACACACUACACACCCAUCACGUGUACACUUGUACAGUGUACUGUACUCCGUCUUCUGACGAUUGCGUGCUGAGCUGAGCAAGACAACGAACAAUUGAAUUCUUCAUAUAAUAUCCAUGCGGGAACUAAAGUGUUCCUUGCGGUUGAAAGUCUCGACUUGAGUGAGACUCAAUUUGAUACAUCCACGCCCUCCUGCCUCCACCAUCGCAUUCAAAACUUUUUCCUUACGUUUUGCACAAAACUUCUUUACAAUACUGACCAUGGUACAGCAUCUCAGAUACGGUAGAGCAACAAUUACUCUCUGAAUAAAAUGAAAAACUUUUGAUCCAGCGGCAUAAACCGAGAAGGAACAACAGCAAAACACUCUUCUUAUGUACCUUAUUGUAAAAAAAAUUAGAAAGCAAUUUUCAUUAUUUUAUUUUAAAAAUGAAUAAAAUAGUGAAAUCAAUCUAAGCUUUUUCUCACACUUUGAAAUAUAUUCUUAAUUAAUGUUAACAAGCGAACUCUCUUUUACAUGUUGAACCUAUCGUUGCCUAUAGAUUUUCGCUCAUAUAUACCAUAAUACCGAAUCCUACAAGUGCUACAAAAAUUGUACA